AGUUGCUAUAGCCACUUACGUAAGUACGUCGGUGAGAAACUGCUAUAGGGGAGACGUACUCUCUACCCUGGUAUCUAGUGGUGGAACGUCUGACAGUUACAUAUUUCGUCACAAGUAGUCUACUCUAGUGUCAGACCUCUAUUUACAUGUGUGCACUCAAGCAAGUCCCCGUGGCCGUGAUAGGCUCGAGCCGCAAUGAUGUCGAUCAAAACGGCCGGGGCAUUGGUAAAUCAUCAUUUUGCUCUCGUUUUGUUCUACCUGCUCACGACGACUACCGGACGGUGAGAGACAGUCUGUCGUCUUGCAUAAGCGAAGCAGAUUUCUUGCAGAGGGAAGUGAAUCGGUGCCAUUUCCUCUACUUUCCACCUGUCCGGAUGGGCGAAAUCGAAUUUCACGUGGUAGAACAGACGACGUUGAUAUGCGACACAACGCUGCGACCGUUUUCGGGCAGCGAGAAAUACACAGAGAGAGCCACACGCCUCUCUCUUCGAUCAGACGGGAAAGUGGCGUAUACCAGUCGAGACCACAUUGGAACGCUAUCAGACACAAGAUGGUUUCCCAGCGAAGUGUUUGAAAAAGUUGGAAUCAAAGGAUUUAUAUGUUUGAUCGACCCAACACUGAAAGGGAAGGCCAUGGACGAUCAGGUGACUACAACCUGUGAACUUCUGUCAAGCAUUCAGUCAAAGAAGAAAAAGAUGCCGGUAGUAUUAACACUGUCUAAGUGUGAUGUUAUCUGUGAGCACAGCAGCGACACUCUCAAUUAUGACAAAGUAUAUGCUAUAGCCAAGCAAUUUUCUGUCCCAGUGAUGUACUCAUCAGCCCAUGAAAAUCUAAACGUUAGAGAAGUCUUUCUUCUUCUUGGCCAAAUGAUAGUCAGAAAGGCAUCACCAUCUAGGGUGCCUACACUCGAAAGAGCUGAUUUUGUUACUGUGAUGGAAAAUCAUAGAGAGAAACUGCGUCAGAUUGACAUGAAUUACAGUCAACUGUUGGAAAUGAUGGUGAGGGGCAUUUAUGUCACGUGGUCUUUCCUGGGAGCCAAACUGAAUGGUAAAGAGGAUUUUGAAAUUUUCAAAGCUCAGUUUGGCGGUGAGCAAGCCAACAUAGCAUUCAAGGCUAAAAUUAUGCUAAUUGCCAUGGAAACAAGCUUAGAAGUGAUAGAUAAUAUAGCAGGAGCGAGCAGUAUUCGGAGACAGUGUAUAGUGAGAGAUUUAUUAAGAGAUCAUGAGGAUAUUGGACAGGUGAACAUUUCUCUUUACAAGGAGAUUGAAAGGUACAGACGUUGUGGUUAUCGUAGAUUUCUAGCUAACAUGGGGUCUGCAAUUGAUGAGAUUCUAACAAUCUUAAGAGAAAUGACAACUCCACUCUUGGCUGCUGAUCUCAUUGCGAAACAAGGAGACAGCAUUGUUUCAAAUGGAGUGGGAGUUGAUGGUUUGGUAUCUGAUGGCCAAGAACGCAGUGAACAAGCAGCUUUAGUUGAAGAGCCAUGUCUGUAACUUUGUGCUACCAAGGUAAUAAAUAAUAUAGAAUAGACAUGACGACUUGAAUUUUGAUAUGGGGUAGUGGUUGGGUAGCUUCAUUUCUAAAUGGUGUGGUUACUUAGUAUAUGUUACUGCAUGCCUAUUUUUACAGCAUGCUUGCAGAUAGCUUACAUAGUUCAUGUGUUGCAUGGAAGCAGUGAAAAAUGGACUCAGCUGCAUAUAUUAAUUAACAAUGUUAAUUCUUGGAUAUGUAAUCAUGGAAAUUUGGAUCAUUCUUGUAUACAUAACUAUUAGUAGACCAAUUCAAGACACAAAUGAAGCUA